UCUGCUACAUCUCUCAAGAACCACUCCAUGGCUCCGAGCACUGCCUGGUCUGUCUCUCAUCUCUAUGCCUCCUCGGUCCUGCUCCGCCACCACAACCACCAUGCUCUUCGUCCUUGUCGAAUAUUGGUGAAACAGAUCUACCUUUUCUUGUCACUCUCAACCCAGACACCAAAAAGUACCAUGCUUAAGUGGUCAACUGCUCAUCCAGUCCCAUCAGUUGCUGCAUCAAAAGCUUCGCUUGAGCUUGAUCAUAUCCAAGGGAAGAGAGGAAUUUGGUUUUGUGGGGCAUACCAAGGUUAUGGUUUCCAUGAGGAUGGAUUAAAGGCUGGCAUGGCUGCUGCCCAUAGUAUGCUUGGAAAAAGUUGUGCUCUUUUGAGCGACGCAAAGUGAAAGAGGUGCAUGCAGGUCUUGUCAACAAGACUA